AACCAAAAGCAAACCACUUGGCAUUCGCGCUGGGCGAGCUGAGCAGUGCGAGCGUCAAGUGUGUCGCGGCGGUUUUAUUUUUCUAUAUAAAAAUAAUUCAUUUCAUUUAAUUUUUUCCGCUGACAUCCCACCAUACCGAAACGUACCACCACCACACACCAUACUAUUUUCACAUUCACAUCUGUUUUUUGUUUUCGUUGAGCGUUGCGUUAUUUUUUUGUGUGUGCGCGCGAGAGCGUUUCAACUUGGAUCAUCUCGAGAUCAGAUCAGAUCAGAUCAGUGGUAAACAAAGACUCAGUGAGCAGCAAAUCACUAGGACGAGAUCAGCCAUGGAGGUGUACACGUCGGACAGCUCGGACACGGAUUCGCGGGAGCAGAAGACACUGGACUUUGGCCGCAUGAGUCUGGACCUGGUCACGCUGGAGGAUCACCUGGCCUCGCCGCAGAAGGCGCUGCUCAAGUCCAGUGGCGACAUCGAGACCAUGCUGCUCAAUCACAAUCGAUUGGUCGGCCUGCCUCGUCUACUGUUGCAGUUUGGCAAUCUGAAGAUACUCGAUCUCAGCUCGAAUGCCAUUACCACGCUGCCGGAUGCCGUCUGCCAACUGCCGCUGGUCACUUUGAUCGCCAAGAACAACCUGCUGACCAAUGCAUCGCUGCCCAAGUCGCUGCUCACCAAAAUGGCCAAUGGCAAUAAUGGUGGCUCCAGCUCCACGCUCAAGGAGCUCAAUCUGAGCGGCAAUCAGCUAACCCACUUUCCGGAACAGGUCACCGAGCUGCGCCACCUCAAGUACCUCUAUCUGGGCGGCAACAAGAUCUCCAGCGUCUCGAAGGAUAUCUGGAAGAUGCAAAGCCUGCAUGUGCUGUCCCUUGGCGGCAAUCUGAUCAGCGAAGUGCCCGAGGCGGUGGGUUCACUUAACCAGCUGCAGGCUCUCGUCCUGUGCGACAAUCUGAUCGAGAUCCUGCCCACCAGCAUCGCCCGGCUGAAGAACCUCAAGUCGCUGCUGCUGCACAAGAAUCGUCUGCGUCAUCUUCCCAAGGACAUCGUGGCACUGAAGAACCUGACUGAGUUGAGUCUGCGUGACAAUCCGCUGGUGGUGCGCUUCGUGCAGGACAUGGCGCUGAAGCCACCCACCCUCUUGGAGCUGGCUGGUCGCAUGGUGAAGGCCAGCGGCCAGCGACCCGGACCCUAUGACAUCCCCAGGACACUGGGCGAGUAUUUGAACAGCGCCAACUGCUGCGUGAAUCCCAACUGCAAGGGCGUCUUCUUCGACAAUCGGGUGGAGCACAUUAAGUUCGUCGACUUUUGCGGCAAGUACCGUGUGCCAUUGCUGCAGUACCUCUGCUCCUCCAAGUGCAUCGAACCGGAGCAGCCGGCGGCGCGCGGCACAUCCGUUCCGGCGGCGAACGCCAGCAGCGGAUUCAUGAUGCGCAAGGUGCUGCUGGGCUAGCCGGCAUUCCGGCCCGGCCCGGCCCACUCCGGCUCCUGGGGCCCUAACCAUAUUAUACGGGAGCGCGAGCGGAGCGUCGUCUGAUCCGGUAUCGGAUUUGGAGCGGACACAGAGACACGAAAUCGAUAUCGGAUUGGGAAUCGGAGGCGGAAGCGGAAGCAGAAGAAGAAGCAGAACUUGGAAGCGAAACGGAACGGAAAUGAGAGCUUAAGCGGAAAUGGUUGCAUGGAUCCACGCGUUCCGAGGAACCGUGGUGUCCGCCAGCCACCGCCGCUCGCCGGGAUUCCCAUUGGCUUCUACACACGUUAUGAAAUCAAAUUUGAACUAGUUUGCUAAGUGAGAUUACACGACCUGUUUGUUUUGCUCGCCUUGCGUGCCAAUUUCUGUGUUUUGUUUGUUUGUUUCGAUUGUUUCGCUUGUUACCCACACCUACACAAUCUACAUAUACCAAAGAAACAUACUCGGCUGGCUUUCACUGGGCAGAAACAACAAAAGCGAAAAGGAUUCGAGUGGCUUGCGAAGCACUUGGCGAUUAUAAGCAGAUUGCACUUGUCUAACGACCUUAUCUAGCCCCAUCUAUCUAAAUUGAGUUAGUAACCGAAAACCUUAGCACAAAUGUUAGAUAUUCCACAAACUAUAACUGCAACCGUAAUCAAAUUUCCGCCCGAUUCUUUUCGUUCAAAAGUGAGUCAUUUGAAUUCAAAUGCUGGCCAAAUGGCAUCAUUUAGUUAUUCCAACAAGUUGCCUUAAAUUGUAAGUUAAGCUUUGCCCAAUAGCAUAAUUUGAAAUAAAAAUUUGACCCAACCUUUGGCAACAUGCUAACCCAAA